AAGAGCCCAGGACCGUCCCAGAAGGUCACCCAUUGAGCCGGUUUCCCAUGUCGAUGCCAUUCACCCGGCUUCUUCUGGUUGUGGUCUAUUUUCUCCAUCAUGUUAGAAUGCGCUCUUCUGGCCGGUGCCAACGCCUGCGCAAAGCUUGAGCUUGCCGACGAGAUUGUUGCCACGCUUGGUAACGACCUGGAAGUCAUUGCUGGCGCUGCCGCCCUCGUCGCUGCCGAGAAGAACAGCAACACUUUUGCCAACAUCAUCCCGGCCAUCCGCAGCAAUGCAGCCCUCCCAGUUACCCCCGGGGCUCUGGGGUAUCCUCCCUGCUGUCGGCCCCGCACUGGUAGGGGCCGAUAUGCAGAACGCCAAUUCAGCUCAGUCUCUGGUCACUCCUCUUGCAGAUGGCGGUCUCAAUGUUGCUGAUCUGUCGAGGGCUCAGGGCUUCAGCGACUUCACUGACCAGGCUUGAGGGGAGGAUAAGAAAGUAACUGACUCGGUGAGCGCUCAACUACGAGUGGCGGCCAACCGAAUGUACCCUAUGAGGCAGCAAACA